AAAGAGAGAGAGGGAGAGGGCAUGGGAAUCCGAUCGGUAUUCGAUGGCGGCGAGCUGAGAAGGGAAGUGGAGAAAAGUGGAAUUGACCCAAAAUUCAUUCCAAAGAUAUGGAAGCAUAUCCUCAUCUCUGCCAAAGAUGAAGAUUGGGAUUGGGAGAAACAAGUUCCCUCCUUGCCCUCUUCGGCCUACUCUCUCCUUCGUUCCAACUUCAAAACCCCUCUCUCUUCCUCUAUUCACUCCGUUUUCCACUCUGCCGACAACCUCACCACCAAGCUCCUCAUCCAGCUCCACCACAAUCAUGGACCUUUCGUCGAGGCUGUCAUUAUGAGGUACGAUACUCGUUUGGGCAAAUAUGCCGGCCAACCUCGCCCCGGUGGUCUCAGAGCUACUUUGUGUAUUUCUUCUCAGGUUGGAUGCAAAAUGGGUUGCAAUUUCUGUGCCACUGGAUCCAUGGGAUUCAAAAACAACCUAUCAUCCGGUGAAAUUGUGGAACAGCUCGUUCAUGCCUCUACCUUCUCACAAAUCCGUAAUGUUGUCUUCAUGGGCAUGGGAGAGCCUCUCAACAACUAUUCUGCUGUGGUAGAAGCCGUUCGCAUCAUGACUGGGUUGCCAUUUCAAUUGUCAUCCAAAAGGAUUACCAUCUCAACGGUUGGCAUCAUUCAUGCUAUCAACAAGCUUCAUGAUGACCUGCCUGGUUUGAACUUGGCUGUCUCACUGCAUGCGCCGGCCCAAGACAUCCGUUGCCAGAUAAUGCCUGCUGCUCGUGCUUUUCCUUUGGGAAAACUCAUGGAUUCACUGCAAGUCUAUCAAAGGAAAAGUCUGCAGAAAAUAUUUAUUGAAUACAUAAUGCUUGAUGGGGUGAACGACGAAGAGCACCAUGCCCACCUAUUGGGAAAACUGUUGGAGACAUUUCAAGUGGUUGUGAACUUAAUACCUUUCAACUCUAUUGGUACCUUGAGUCAAUUCAAACCUACCAGUGAGCAGAAAGUCUCAAAUUUUCAGAAAAUUCUUAGGGGUACCUAUAAUAUUCGAACAACAGUUCGGAAGCAGAUGGGUCAGGACAUAAGUGGUGCUUGUGGACAAUUGCUGGUGAACAUAUCUGACAAGUCCCUUGGCACUGCAGUUCCCCUAACGGACAUAGAAGAUAUUGUUAUCUGAUAUCAAUAGCUUCAAUUUAAUUCUUGCCCUCAAUUUUAAUUUCGUUUCCUAGUUUUUCUAUUGUUUUUAUGUUUGGUUCUACAGAAAUUAGAAGUAGAACUGUAGAAGACAAGGUGCACUGGCUGAAAUGCAACCAAAAUGCUUUAUAUGAAUGUGUGAUGAUCUUUUAGAUUUUGAUAAAAUUGAAUUUCAAAGAAUUGAAGAAAAAAAAA